AGGAAUCUCUUUGUAUGUAAUGCAGCAAAGCCAUCUGAUACAUUUUUUUGUAUCACUUUGUUAUCAUAUCAGCCCUUGUUUUUGAUGGCCGAAGUAAUCCAGCCCAUCCCAAACACAUUGGUGGCAUAGACCCUAACUGUGAUGUGAUAAAAGUGGUGAAAGGAAUGAGUGCCAUCCACACAACCAUUACCCUGAAGAGAUAGGUCCCUCUGGACAUCAACUCCUCCAUUUCUGAGGAAGAAGCUACAGAAGUCUCCGAGGAAGCAUUGGCAAGACUGUCACUGGCACUGUCAAUCAGCUUGCACACUGACAGCUUGAUGCCAGUGAAAGUGCAAAAAUGCUUUGUGAUCAAUAUUAUUUGACUUCUCCUGAGGUGCUGGUUAAUCAAUUCAAUGGAAAAGCCCCAAGGCAUCCUCUUCAAAUUGUCUAUGUUCCUUCCCAUUUGUACCAUAUGCUUUUUGAACUUUUUAAGAAUGCAAUGCGAGCUACAGUGGAGAAUAACAAAUCCAGUACUACUCUCCCUCCUAUUAAAGUAAUGGUCGCUUUAGGAAAUGAAGACCUCACCAUUAAAAUUUCUGACAGAGGUAGUGGUGUCCCUCUCCGUAAAAUUGAUCGACUGUUCAGUUACAUGUAUUCCACAGCUCCCAAGCCAGUAGUACAGAAUCUCCAAACAGCUCCUCUGGCUGGCUUUGGAUAUGGUCUUCCUAUUUCACGCCUCUAUGCCAAGUAUUUUCAAGGAGACCUUAACCUCUACUCAAUGGAAGGACAUGGUACCGAUGCUGUUAUUUAUUUAAAGGCUUUAUCCACUGAUUCAGUGGAGCGGUUGCCUGUCUUCAAUAAAUCCGCUUGGAAGCAUUACAAAAGUAGGACUGAAGCAGAUGAUUGGUGUAUUCCCAGCAGUGAACCCAAGAACUUGUCCAAGUUCAGUCAUCACAUUUGAAGAAAAAUAUUAUGAAGAGGAAGGUUCAAGCAAUGUUCACAAUCACACUGUAACCUUUCUGUGACCAUGGUAUAGAAAUGAAUGUUGGUGGCAUGCUAUAGACUGUCCUGACUUGUAUGAAACAUUCAAAUGUACCUCAUAUAGUUAUCAUCAUUCAAGUGCAUGAAUUGACCAAUGCUUCCUAGACAAAAAGAAGCAGUAAUUUGUGAAAUGAAUUCCGUAUUUACAGAAUGAGUAUAAGGAGAGAAAAAUAAGAUCAACAUUUGUAGACAUGUGAUUUUUCUGGCGAUGUGUUUUUUUGUGUGCCUGACUAAACCGGAAACUUGCCAUUGUGGGAGUUACAGGCUUGAACUAAUGCCUGGACUAGAACUCAUCAAUGAUUUUGCAGAUGAUAAUAUUUCUGUUUCUUUCAGAUGUUUGCUAUAUGCAAAUUGGCUGCGGAGUGAUUACAUUUAAACAAUCAGUUCAUUUUCUGUAAACCACUUACAGACAUUCUGAGGUUGUGACAAGCUCGGUAUAAAUGCAAGUUCUUUCAUUUUGAUGGUGUCAAGUGUGCUUUCCUGUAUAUAGCCCUGUGUCACACUUGGCUAGGGGUUCUACAAGCAUGGCUCUGUUUUGGGCAAGAGACAUGAAAAAUGUGAUUGAAUGAGGGCAAAGUAGUGACUUCUGGCAUGAAAGGAGUCUCGGAAAUGAGAUGGUUUUAUUGCUUUUUCUUUGGACCUGCUUUGGGGCAACAUAAGUGAAAGGCAGAAUUAGGGAAAUUAUCAGUGUUUGUGUUUUUUUUCUAUCUGCAGUUGAAUUCGGCUUUUACUUUCAUCCUACUCUUUGGACAUGAAGCAACGUAUACAUGUAUGUAUUUGAAUAGGUCUGCUUAUCACUGGUUACCAGUGGUGCCUUGUGGAUAGUUAUAAAGUUAUAUAAACUGUAUUUGUAAACAAUCUGUGAAAAACUGAACAACUCGGUGUCAAUCUGCCAGUAUAUCUUGUAUGUUCCUGAACAGAGAAGUUCUGUGAAAUUGAAAUGCAGAUGGACUGCGUAUUUUAAAAUGUGAAAUAAAUUUUUGAUAGCUGUG